GUGCGAGGUGGAACGAGACCGGCCGGCGUAAUUCCGCGCUAAUCUUCUCUCGUUAACUUUCCGUUUCUACGUGGUGGUGGUGGUUUUUGCAUCGUGUGCAAAAAGUAUUGCAAAAAUAUUGAUUCGGUAAAUAUCGGGAGGGACACUUGCAGCUGUUAAUUAAUUAAAUUGUAGUAGUUUAUAAUAUUAUUUGUGUAGUAUUACUAGUAUUUUGUUUCGACAGUUUUUGUGCUUAUCGUUAAGAUGGGGUUUUUAAAAGGGGUUCCUCCCUGCAUUUCGCCUGAUCUUUUAGUCGCCCUGGCUAAGAUGGGUCAUGGGGACGAGAUUGUCUUGGCCGACGCCCAUUUUCCAGCCCAUUCCAUCGGGAAAAGUUCGGGGGCCACGGUCCUUCGCGCGGAUGGGAUUCCCGUCCCAAUUCUGCUCUCGUCCAUCAUGCGCCUUAUCAAUUUGGACACUUAUGUGACCCACCCGGCAACCGUGAUGGCCGUGGCAGAGCAGGACAAAGGGUUAAAAGUUCCCAUAUGGGACACUUACUCGAAAAUUUUGAAACAGCGGCACAACGGAGACGUAGGCAUCGCCUAUUUGGAACGGUUCGAGUUUUACGAGCGGGCCAAACGAGCAGUCGUCAUUGUUCAGACGGGAGAAACUGCAAAAUACGGCAAUAUAAUUCUCACCAAUGGACUCGUCACUCCGCAGCCAGAGAUUCCGUUUUGGGAGAGUUGAACAACAACGGAAUGAAUAGAUACACACUUUCCACAUAAAAUAAAAUGCUGCUCUGCUGCAAAUUACAAAAGUCACCCUUUACAAGACAAUAUUGUAAAAGAGUUUAGAAAAAAAAAUAAAUGGAAAGAAUUUCCCAAACUGCAAACUUA